UUCUAUCUUAAAAUUCAGCUUAAUGACGUGAUUUAGGAGGUACUUUUAUCGGAGCGUGUUCCUGCAAAGACCGGACAGCUCAGAGGGGCUGAACCGUCAUCCAGGGAGGACGAUGAAAUCUUUCAACAUUUUGGCUGCAUAUAAAAUAUCGUAAAAAGCUACGGGUUUAUGACGGCGGAGCAAAUUUAGCAUUGCUGACAACGUCUUUUUUUUCACCGUUUCGUUUGUUAUCAAUAUGGAUCUUGAAAUGAGUCAGGCCUUAACAAAGAGUUCCACGCGGAGGUACGUGCUGCUCCUUAUUCUUUCUCUGUCGGUCCGCAAAAUAUCAGCCUCAGUCAACCAUUACUCCAUACCUGAAGAGAUGAAACCGGGAUCAGUGGUCGCUAACCUCGCUAAUGAUCUUGGUCUUGACGUUUCAACACUAACAAAGAGAAAGAUGCGGCUUGACAUAAUAGCGAACAAGGAAUAUUUAGGAGUGAACAAAGAGACCGGUGAACUGUAUAUUGUUGAGAGGAUCGACAGAGAGCACAUCUGCAACACCAAAUCGUCUUCGUCCUGUUACCUAAAACUCGAAGUAACGCUGGAAAACCCACUACGGAUAUUUAACAUUGAAGUAGAAGUGUUAGACAUGAAUGACAACGCCCCGCAAUUUCGAAGAGACGCCAUUCAUUUGGAUAUAUCUGAAGCGACAGCAAAGGGAGAAAGGUUUUCUCUCAGCAAUGCAGUUGACCCUGAUGUUGGAGCAAAUUCGGUGAAAACAUAUUUUUUAAGUGAAAGUGAAUAUUUUAACAUUGAAAUUCAGACGGGAAGAGAUGGAUCAAAAUUUGCUGACUUGAUUCUAAAAAAGACAUUAGACCGGGAAAAUCAGGGACUCCAUAAUUUGGUACUCACAGCUGUGGAUGGAGGGACACCGGCUCGAUCUGGUACAGUCAAUAUUGUCGUUCAUGUCUUAGACACAAAUGACAAUGCCCCUACAUUUGAGGAAUCUGCUUACAACGUCAAAAUAAUGGAAAAUUCCCCCAUUGGAAGCCUUGUUAUUCAUUUAAAUGCUACGGAUAAGGAUAAAGGCUCAAAUUCAGAUAUAACAUACUUAUACAGUCUUUACACAUCAGAGAAGACACAGGAAACAUUUGAUUUAAAUCCAAAAACAGGUGAAAUUACUGUGAAAGGAAUGUUGAACUAUGAGGAUUUUAGGAUUUAUGACAUGGAAGUCAUUGCAACAGAUAAAGGAGCCAACAGUUUGUCAGGACAAUGCACCAUAAAGAUUAUAGUUGAAGACAUGAAUGACAACCACCCUGAAAUAUCUAUUAAAUCAUUUCAAAGUCCAGUUAGUGAAAACAUAGAAUUAGAUACAGUGAUAGCUGUAGUUAGUGUUAGUGAUAAAGACUCUGGUGAUAAUGGAGUGGUUGAUCUUUAUAUUCCAAAGCACAUGCCUUUUAAAUUAAAGGAGUCCUCUGAUAACUAUUAUGAGUUAGUGGUGUCAGAGCCAUUAGACCGAGAGAAGGUCCCAGAAUAUGACAUCACUUUCACUGUCAAAGACAGAGGCUCUCCUCCUUUAGUUGACAAUGAAACAAUGACUUUGGAGCUGCUGGAUGUUAAUGACAAUGUUCCACAGUUCCCCCAGUCAUUUUAUACUAUACGUGUCAUGGAGAAUAAUGCACCUGGGGCCUUGCUCAGCUCACUCACUGCAUUUGAUCCUGACCUCCAUGAAAACCAGUAUCUAGUUUAUUUUAUCAUAGAGAAGGAGAUUGCCAACACCUCCAUGUCCAUGCUGUUCUCCAUCAAUCCAGAGAAUGGGAAUCUUUACGCUCUGAAAACUUUUGAUUAUGAAAUUGAAAAAGAGUUUCUUUUCCACAUCGAGGCAAGAGACUCUGGUUCUCCUCCUCUCAGCAGUAACGUGACUGUUCACAUCAUUAUUGUGGACCAAAAUGACAACGCUCCAACUAUAGUUUCUCCUUGGCGGGCUCAUGGCUCAGUAGUAGAGGAGAAGAUCCCCAGAUCCACUGAUAAAGGCUCUCUGGUGGCUAAAGUCAUCGCCUUAGACACAGACUCUGUGCACAACUCUCGGAUUACCUACCAGUUUCUCCAGGUGACUGAUGCUUCCUUGUUCAGUCUGGAUCAAUACAAUGGAGAGAUCCGGACCAUGAGGAUGUUCAGUUACAAAGACUCCCGCCAUCACAGACUGGUUGUUGUUGCCAAGGACAACGGGGAGCCUGCUCUCUCUGCUACAGUCACCAUCAAGCUGCUGACAGUGGAGACUGAUGUUAAGGCCUACUCUGACAUGACUGAGAUGCCUCUGGAAUAUGACAUCUUUUCAGACAUAAACCUGUAUCUGGUCAUCGGUCUGGGCUCAGUUUCAUUUCUCCUGCUUAUCACCAUACUGGUCACCAUUGUGCUGAAGUGUCAGAAACCCAAGCCCAGCAAAGCUGCUCCUCCCAGCAGGAACAGUGUGAUCAGUGAGAGGAACUCCACCAUUGCAGACUCCACUCUGGUAUCCAAUGAUGCCUACUGGUACAGUCUGUUUCUGGCAGAGACCAGGAAAGGAAAGCUGGUGGUUAGACAGCCUGUGCCAAAGGGCUCCAGGUACAUCGUAUCCAGCCUUCCGAGAGGAACAGGACUGUCAGAGACUAGUGGCUCUGCAGCUUCUACUCUCCAGGUAUGA